AUCAUAUGAAACGAAAAAAUGUUAAACAUUUGUUGCAUGAUUUGCGACGUUGAUGGCGUUGCAGUUACGAAAGAAACUGAUGAUCUUUGACAGUCAUUUUGGCUCGAAAGGUUCCAUUUGUGAUCUCUCAGGAAAGCCCUGCUCCCGAGCCACAAUGGCGACAGUGACUUUGUCGUACAGUCUGCUAUUUUUGUAUAUCCUUUUUAAGGCUUUACGGUACCGGUGAAAGCAGCAUGACUGACAAUGGACAGCGGCGGUAAUAGAGAUGCACAUAACACAUUGUCGUGUUAAUGUUGAUGAAGAGUAGUCGCCUGAUUAGUAAUACUUGGCGCUUCAACUUCCGUAACAGAACACGACUGCGCCAGUUUCAUUGACGAACGAGACAGGAGGUUUGCUGUGCUGCUCUUCUUCUUCAGUGCCUUAGCCGCGAAUACUCCGUGAAAUGCGAGAGCGCACAGUUGUGUUAUAAGAAGAGUGUUUUUUCAUGUAGAUAACUCCAUCUUUCGGACAACGCAGAUAAUACCUGUAGGCGUUCUUCUAGUCAGUAGUACAAGUGCAGAAAAAAUUUGCGUACUUUUUCGACUGCUGAAAUAAGCAAGCUUUUACCUUAUAAGUGAUGCGCUUCGCGUUGCACCGCUUCUGAAAAAAAAUCCGCUUCUUCCUUUUAAUAAUCUGCUCGCCUAAAUUGACUUACUGCUACACCGCAGAUCAUGACUGUUAUUAAGCUGUCUACUCAGGCUUACUGCAAGAUGUUACUUCAUGCUGCCAAGUAUCCCCAUUGUGCGGUAAACGGGCUUUUGGUCGCCGAAAAGCUCAAGCGGAAAGAGGGCCAGCCGCUAAUUUUUGUCGAUUGUAUCCCCUUAUUUCACGGCUCCUUGGCGCUUGCACCGAUGCUGGAAGUAGCUCUGAGUCUGAUUGAUACAUGGUGUAAGGAAAACAAAUAUGUGAUUGCUGGAUAUUACCAAGCAAAUGAACGAGUAAAGGAGCAUAGACCAAAUCAAGUUGCAGAGAGAGUAGCUGCUAGAAUUGCGGAAAAUUUUAGUGAGGCAGCUCUGAUAAUGAUGGACAAUAGCAAGUUCUCCAUGGAUUGUUUAGAGCCUGCAGUUAUAAUCUUUGAGCACCAUGAUAAUAAAUGGAAAUGCAGAGAUACAAACAUUGAUUGCUAUGAGGAUUGGUCUGAAGCUCAGAAGAUCACUGCUGUACUUCUAGAGGGAAAGUCCUAUGAGAAUCUGAUUGAUUUUGACAACCAUUUGGAUGACCUACGAAAUGACUGGACAAACCCAGAGAUUAACAAAGCCGUCCUACACUUGUGCUAAACUAUUUUUAUAGACCUGUUGAAUUCCUGCCAAAAUGGACCCAGUCCAUUUUUUUUAAGCUUUUUUGCAUAAAGGAUAAAUGCAUAUACAGUAACACUUUGACAAGAUAACUAUAGAGCUUUCUAAACAAGACUCAACCUAAUUAUUCAGUUAAUAGGAAAAGUAAAAGAAUUUUCGUUAAAAACCAUAGUGUAAACCCAGUUACUUUUGCCGUUACCAUAGGUAAGUAAAAAAACUAAAUAAAACAAGGCAAAGAAAUAUACAAUUAUUUAAGUGGUUCUUAUCAUUAACAACACCCCUCCAUUGUUAACAAAAGCCAUGAGCAAUUAAUAAUAAUAAUGUACAUACUGUAACAUUUCUGUAGCAUAGUAUUAUACAGUAUGUUAAAGUGAAUUUUUAAAGUAAUACAUACUGUACAUUGGAUUAAGUGUAAUCUACAUAAGAAUAGGAAAAGUAUAAAGGUAAUUAUAAAGUAAUUACUCUAUUUUUGAAUUGAUAUUCCAAAAUCUAUUAAACAAACAUGUAGACGGUUCAUGAGAUUCUUUUAAAAAAAAAAAAGGGCUCUUGUUAAAUAAUAUUCAAAUUUUAAAACCUGCAAAUAGUUUGUUGGGUUAAAUGUUAUAUAAACAUGAUUUCUGUACUGCCAUGGUACAAAGAUACCUUACCUGACUUUAAUUUAGUUACCAUUGUUGUAUUAUGAAUUGUAAUCAGUAGGAUUUUUUUAAUUUAUCUGUUUUUUUAAGGAAGAAAUCCUAGAAAGUAGAACAAAUACAAAAAAAGUUUGUCCCCUUCAGAUAGUCGGCUUUCUCCUUCUUUUCAGUUCCUGACUCUUUUGAACAUGUUUAACGUGGUCCCUGUACUUGGUAUUAAUUGAAGCAGUUUACUUGACAGCAACACUAACUUGUAUAAUGUAAGCUGCCUGAUGUGAUAUGUACUGUUUAAAGAAAAAAAGUGAUCAUGACUCUGUGAUGAUAUAGAUCCCAAGACCUGAGGAUUUUAUAUUUUAAUAUAUUUUCCUAAAUUGAAAUGCUGUGUGUGAUAGUUUGUUUUAGAUUAAUGCAUUUUGAUGCUAUAAUAUUAUAAUUUCUUUUGGUUGGGUUUCUAGGCCUGUUUAUUUUAAAUAACAUUAUUUUUUAAUUUUCUUAAAGGGAUGAGAAUGAGUGUGUGUGUGUGUGUGUCUGUGUCUCUCUCUCUCUCUGUAUAUAUGCCAUAUUUUGACAUUUGCUUUAAUAGAAAAACAAUAUUGCCCAAUUAUUAAAUACCCUUCUUUUUGUCACUUUAAUAUUAACACCAUAGUUAAGUUAACUACUAUUGCAUUUACAGUUUAGGCCACUAACAAGGUUGUUGGUGACUACCCUAUUGUGGAUGUAUGGAGCCAUCACAAUAAAGUUUUAAACUGAGCCUCAAAGUAUUGUAAAUUGGGAGAAGAUAUCCUUUCAGCCUCGAAGGUCACAUGCAGUGUUGCACUAAACUCCCAAACAUGUUGCACCAUAUAAUAUAGUCACACAUCCUACAUUUUCUGUGUGUUUGGACAGUAUAACAGAUCACUCCAGUCUUUCCCAUUUUCAGAGCGGAGUUGAUAUAAAAUUUAACUGUAGGUUAACAAAGUUAUUUUGAAAUUGUUGUUCUUCCCUUAUGGUUUUACCAGUGCAACUGAUGGUGGCACAUUUUCUGCUGUCAAAAACAAUAGCUUAGAUACUUUUGGAUCAGACCUGGUGAGCUGCUGUUGAAAUAUAUUUGCACUGGCACACAAUUUGUGAACAUUUAUAUUUUUAAUUAGGUCUUUUUUUUUUUGUAACAGGAAAUAAAGCUAAAUAUCCCCAUUUAGAUCAGUUCUUUCAGUACGUUUAGAAUAUUUCUGCCGCUUACAUGGAAUUAGAGCAUGUCUUUAUUGAAUUAAGCUUUUUAUUGCACUUUUACUAAAUGAUUUAAAAACUGGUUAACAUGUAGAAGCUUGCUUCAAAUUUUUGGAGAAUGUGUUUAAAGAGUGAGAGUUAAAUUCUGCAAAACACAAAAGAAAAUGGUUUUAAAAGUAACUAUGAAAAUUGAUUUUGAUGAUUUUAAAUCAUUUUAUGUUAGUCAACCAACUGAAGUAUUUUAAGUAUAUAGAGUUAUUUACAAAAUGAAUCCAGGUGAAUGUUCCAUAAAUUGAUUUUAUUAUUUAUUUCUUUGUAAAGUGGUUGCUAAUAUGUUAUCUGAGAUUAGGUUGCAUUAGUUGUUGUUUUUUUUUUUUGUUUUUUUCACACAUAAAACAAGGCAAAAGUCAGAAGCAGUUGCUAGUUAUAUUCAGAUAUAGAGUUGUCAAUACAAGCCUAUUGUAGUUGCUGAAUCCUAGUAUUUCACUUAUAAGAAAACACUUGGUUACAUUGUAUUUUUAUAAAUGCACAUGUCUUUUUGCAGGUCAGAUAUCAUCAUCUUAAAAUAAAGUUCAGAUACUGAGAGAAUUGUGACUUACUAGCUACUUAUUUUCUUUUUUUUUUUCUUGAAAAAUAAUUGCAUUAAGUAUUUUAGCAUAUAUGAGAAAGCCUAUUACUGUGUACGCGUUAAUGAAUGGUACAGACACUAAAAAUGGCAAAGCAACUUUUGUUAAACUACAGAUACACUUAAAAAAUGAAUGCCACUGUUUUCCAUAGUUCGUCAUAAUGUUGGUUUACUUCAGGCAGAAAUUGAAUCAACUGUUACAGAAACAAAACUCAUUUUGUCUCAUGAGAAUAUCACACAUUUAUUUUUCUUUGUGCCUGAAUGAAUGUAUUGUAUUUAAUUUUGAAAAUUAAAAUCCUAGAGUAGUGCAAUGCAAUGUAUAAAUUAUUUGCAUGUGUUGCUUUCAGUUGAUGUUUAACCUAGUUGAUGAUACUUUACUGUGAAUUUGGUACACUUGAUACAUUUCAGAUUGUGUGCUUUAGUAGGAUGUUUGUUUACAUGUUGUGUGUAUGACAAAAGACUCCCAAGUUGAUUAAAGUUUAUUCUACAAUAAAUAUUUUAUGGAGUGGUA